AAAAAUUGUAAAGAAAAUGCAGCUAUUUAAAUAUUGAUAUAAUUUAAAUAACUUCAAUCGAUUAUUAUGAAAUUUUCGAUAUCUUUAAUCAACAUGAAUCGAUAUACAAUCGAUAUGUUAGAAACGGCAGAACGCCCUAAUUUGAUACCUUUUCAGGAUACUCAAUAUAGUUGGACGGAUGAUUUGCCAGUAUGUAAACAAUCAGGAGUAGGAUUCUCUACAAAUCAAAUUUAUCGUGAGGAUGGAUAUCGGCAAGAGGAACAUCCAUUUGAAGAUCGUAGCUUUCAUUGUCGUUAUGACGAUUCGACAUUUCUUUAUGGAGUAUUUGAUGGUCAUGAAGGUACAAAAAUUGCAAAUUUUGCUAUGCAGCGAAUGGCUGCAGAAAUUUUACUUGGACAAUUAAAUGGUAAAUCAACAGAUGAAGAAGUUAAAGAUGUUCUUAGACAGGCAUUUAUAGCUGUAGAAAGAGGAUAUUUUGAUUCAAUUGGAGAUCUUUUGGCUGAACGAACUAGUUUACAAUUUGAUAUACCUGAUGGAUUAAAUUCCUAUGAAACAUAUCAAAAAUUUCCUCACUUGGUUGAUAAAUUAAAUGCAUUGAAUUGUGAGUUAUCAGCAGGAACUAGUGCAGUUGUAGCUCUUAUAUAUCGCGGAAGAUUAUAUGUUGCAAAUGUUGGCGAUAGUAGAGCUUUAUUAUGCAAGACAGAUACCAAUCAAGUGUUAAGAGUUGUACAACUAAGUGUAGAUCAUGAUUUAAGAAAUGAAGAUGAACUAUUAAGAUUAUCUCAUUUGCAAUUAGAUAUUGAUUCCAUAAGACAAGGAUCUCGUCUUGGAAAUCAAGAAACUACACGUUGUCUUGGAAAUUAUCUUGUCAAAGGAGGAUAUAAAGAAUUUGAAGAAUUAGCAUCUGCUACAACAGAACCUGUUAUUGCUGAACCAGAAAUUCAUGGUGGAAUAGAACUUGAUGAAUCUUGCAAAUUUUUAUUGCUUAUGUCUCGUGGUUUAUAUAAGUCACUAGAAGAAGUGACUGGAAUUGAUCAAGUUAAUAUAAAAUUAAUUAACUUUGCAGUUCAAGAGUUUCAAGCACAAUCUACUUUAACAGGAGUUGCUCAAGCUGUUGUAGAUAAAGUUGUAAGAAUUCAUCAUGAUAUUAAUAUGAGUAAUUUACAAAGUACAGUAACUACUGGUAAACGAGAUGAUAUAACUCUUCUUGUACGAAAUUUUAAUUUUCCGCUCCCUCAUGCAUUAAAAAGUCCAACUAAUCAAUCAGUCAGAUUUAAUCCAAUUGUUGAAUCUGUUCCAAUUAUAACAAUGCCAGAAAAUGACUAUUCAAGUACAGGAAUUACAGAAGAAAAUUCCGAUUUAUCGACAACUGAAACUUCAUCAACAUCAGAUAUAUAUCCGAAUGCAAAAUCAACAAACAGAAACACUAGGAUUAAGUCUUAUGUUAAUUUUUCUGAAUAUUAUGAAAAUGUUGAAAAGAGACGACGAGAAGGAACAUUACCAGAAGAAUACUGUACUCUCAAACUCAGGACUUGAAAAUGGUGCAUCUCCUUCAAGACCCAUAUGAAUUAAUCGUACACCACGUAGAUUAUUACAAACACCAUGCUCAGUCAUAGCUCGUAUUAAUUCAUUAGGUGUUGC